AAAGUGCGUUUUCCAAGAACAAAAACACAGCAUUGUUUGAACAAUGAGUGCCACUCCUUCAGCUGUAUAAGAGAAGGAAUCUUGUUUGGCCAGAAGAGCUCUCCUGACAACAUGACAGCCCUCCGCCUGCACAUUUCCUGACAAACAACAAGUGAGAGAGCUGCGUUACUCCCAAGGAGAACCAGACCUGAAACACUUCUCUCUCCUGCCGCGGACAAAGCCUCUUCAACAUGGGGAGGAUUGGCAAGGAAGUGGCAGGCCAGAUCAUCAGCUUCAUAGGUUUUGUCGGGGUGGCGGUGACAUGCGGGAUCCCCAUGUGGAGGGUGACGUCCUUCAUCGGAGCCAACAUCGUGACGGGACAAAUCGUGUGGGACGGCCUGUGGAUGAACUGUGUGAUGCAGAGCACCGGGCAGAUGCAGUGCAGGCUGAAUGAGUCUGUUAUCAGGCUGUCCAGGGAUCUGCAGGCCGCCCGAGCCCUCGUCAUCAUCUCCCUCAUCUUCGCCUUCAUCGGCUUCGUCGUCUCCUUCAUCGGAGCCAAGUGCACCGGCUGCCUGAAGAAGGAAUCAUCGAAGGCCAACGUGGUGAUUGUGGGUGGCUGUCUCAUCAUUUUCGCUGCCGUCCUGGAGCUGAUCCCCGUCUGCUGGUCUGCAGCCAUCACCAUCACGGACUUCGAGAACCCUUUGACCAUCGAGACGCAGAGGAGGGAGAUCGGAGCCUCCAUCUACAUCGGCUGGGGUUCUGCUGUAUUUCUUCUGGUCGGUGGGAUCAUCCUAACCACAUCCUGCCCUCCUCAACGACCCGCGUACGGAUACCAAGGCUACCCAGGAGCCCCGCUGUACCCUUACACAGCACCGGGGGGAAACCCGGCAGCGUACGGCCCCGUGUACGCUCCCCCAUCCAGCCGCCCAUACACAGCUACUGGGACAUACAUACCCAGCAAACCGUACGCAGCACCAAAUGCAUACUCUCCUGCCGGAUACAUCUAGAACUGAAACAACACAAGAGGGAUAAAGACUGUAAAUUCUGGCAGGCUGCUUCCAGGAACUGUGUCCCAUUAGCGUAAAAUUGCACCAAAAUGCACAGUGUAUUUCUAGAGGAUGGUAUGUAUCCCGAAACAUUCACGGGAUUGAAAAUUAAUCAGCUGAAAAAAAAAAGAAAAAAAAACAAUCACUGUAAACUGUUUCUCUUUUGGAUUGAUGCUGUGCUCUUUUCUAGUUAAUGAAGUCAUGAGACAAGAAGAAUAUUGUGAGAGUUGCAUUGCUUUUCCAAUAAAUCAGUGUCAAUAUAUUUAUUUCCUUGUCACACAGAGCUGAUUUUGUAAAUAGUAAAGAUUUGUGAUGUGUCUGAUUUCUGUAAAUGCCACUUUAUUUUUGAGAUUAUAUGAAAGAGUUCCAAUAAAACGUUUGUACUUU